CACCUCUGCUUGUUAAUAAAAAUAAUUGGUUGUAAUCUGCGACCUCUUCCCCUUCUAUUCCAUCUGUUUCAGACUCUCUCAGUUCACAAAAUACAGAGAAAACGAGAGAACAUUAAUGGCGAGAGACAACAUCAGGCUCUUCUCUUCUCCUUUCACUCGCCUCUCCGUACUCCUCUACCUCCUCGCGGCGGCGGUGGCGGCGGCGCCGCCGGAGGCGGAGGCGGAGGCGGCGGCGGGUUUUCCGGUGAAGGAGCCGGAGGAGCUGGAGCUGCUGCUGGUGUGGGCGGGGCCCGAGGCGCGGAGCGACACGGCCCAGCCGCAGCCCGACUACGCCGGCGCGGCGGCGUUCCUCCGGUCGGAGGCGGACGCCCUCGGGCUGGAGGCGGAGACGCUAGAGUUCGCCCUCGGGAAGCCCCUCGUCCUCCUCCGAUGGCCCGGGCGCCGCCCCUCCCUCCCCUCCCUCCUCCUCAACUCCCACACCGACGUCGUCCCCGCCGAGCCCCUCAAGUGGGCCCACCCCCCCUUCUCCGCCCACCUCGAUUCCUCCUCCAGCCACAUCUUCGCCCGCGGCUCCCAGGACAUGAAGUGCGUAGGGAUGCAGUACUUAGAGGCCAUCCGCCGCCUCCGCGCUGCCGGAUUCACCCCUGACCGCACAAUCUACCUCUCCUUUGUCCCCGACGAGGAGAUCGGAGGGAAGGAUGGUGCCGGGGCAUUCGCGUCAUCCUCCAAGUUUGAAGAGAUGAACGUCGGUCUGGUGCUCGAUGAGGGUUUAGCCUCGCCUGGCGAGGAGUACAGGGUGUUCUACGGGGAGAGGUGCCCGUGGUGGCUCGUCAUUAAAGCGCGUGGCGCACCGGGGCAUGGGGCGAAGCUAUAUGAUGGGAGCGCCAUGGAGAAUUUGAUGAAGAGCGUUGAAAUAAUCAGGAGGUUCAGGGCAGCGCAGUUUGAUCUGGUGAAGGCCGGGGUGAAGGCCGAGGGAGAAGUUGUCUCAGUCAAUUUGGUGUAUUUGAAGGCUGGGACGCCAUCACCCACUGGUUUUGUCAUGAAUCUGCAGCCAUCUGAAGCACAGGUCGGACUUGAUGUCCGAGUCCCUCCUAAUGCUAAUCCUGAAGAACUAGAGAGACGUAUUGCAGAGGAGUGGGCACCUUCCUCGCGUAACAUGACAUUUGAGUUUAAGCAGAAAGUUUCUGUGUAUGACAUGUUCGGAAAGCCUGUCAUCACUCCUGCUGAUAACUCCAACCCAUGGUGGACGAUGUUGGAAGAAGCCAUCAGAAAAGCCAAUGUCAAACUUGGUAAGCCGGAGAUAUUUCCUGCCUCAACUGAUGCUCGCUAUUUCCGAGAACGUGGGAUCCCGGCGUUUGGUUUUUCACCAAUGGCAAACACACCUAUAUUGCUCCAUGACCAUAAUGAGUUCUUGAACAAAGAUGAGUACAUUAAAGGUAUAGAGAUAUACGAGUCCGUCAUCAGAGGUUUGGCCUCUUACAACGAACAUGCCAAGGAUGAAGAAUCUAGGGCGGAAUUGUGAGAUUCAACACUCCCUCUACUAUCAAUCAAUAGCACACAAAGGAUUUGUUGCCACAUCGUAACAAGCUGAAAUGGGAAGCUAUAUACGAGAGAGUGCUGAGAUUGUUUGUAUAUCAGCAGCACCUCGAACCUUGUGAACAUUUGGAUAAUGAUAACUAAAAUAAUUAGCACAGCUCGUGAAUACUUCAUAAAGCUUCUGAUUCAGUAUGGUCAGAAGACGAUAAAUUUGAAAUCUUCUAUGCUGUCGUCGAAUCAUUUUGUUUUGCUGUUCCAUACGGGAUUCUCCAUCUCAAGGAAUAGACUCCAUGCUCUAUAGCCACAACCAACUUGGCUUAUUUGAACAAACUAAUGUGUUACGCUGCAGAAUUGUCAGAAGACUCAGAACUCAUAUAUAUAUAUAUAUUGUUGUCUCCUAU